GGGGGGUAUCGAAAGAGGGGAAGGGCGGGGCUAUCGUUGAUCCCUUGAAUUGGCUCUGAAUUACAGUCCUCUCGUGCCAGGUCCCUAAAAGGCCAGUCCCGAUGCUGUCUCACAGAGUGAACAUCUGAACUCUGGUGUAGACUCCGAGGGACAAGCGCUUUGGAAGUAGAGGAGGUGGGCACUGAGGGAAGGAGGAAAUGAAGCUCCUGAGUAAUGCUUCCUUUCUAUCUGGGUUCAUACAGAAACUCUCCACCCUGUCCUAUACACACACACACACCCCGUCCAGCACUCGCUGCGUAGUGUGGAGUCCAGGACUCUUCUCCCUGGGACUAUAAGCUCCUUGAGGGCAGGAAUUACUUCUGACCUAUUGCCUCGAGAACUCGUGCUCAGCACAAGAGCGAGGCUGAUGGCGGGGGGCCAGGAGGUGACUGGGAGCUCAGGAGUAAGUAAGCCGACAGUGGGGCUGCCUCUCGCUGCGAGAGGGACCAGACUUCUGGGAAGGGACAGGGAGCUGUCAAUCAGCGAGGGAGCGAGCGCACCAGCACCGGGUGAUGUCAGCGGAUCAGCUGCUCGUUAACAAAGAAGGGGAUAUUUACAGGACAAAGUUGCAGCAGCGGCGAGGGUGGCUACUGCGAGACUCCCCGAGCUCGGCAGAGGUCAGGGGAAAGUGGAUACGGAGGGCUGAGCUGGCCUUGGGAGAGCCCAGAACUGCAGAAGAAGGAAAAGACAUUGGGAAAAAGGCUGGAAGGGGACGGCCGGCCAACUGCUCCUCCUCUUCCUCCUCCUCCUCCUCCAAACUCGCUGGGUUGAACCCAAGCUCUCGCUGAGCAACCGCGGCGGCCCCGAGCUCCCGGAGGAGCAGUAGGAAAAGGGGGAGAAGGGAAGAAGGGAAGCAGCAGCAGCUGCGCGGCCACUCUCAGUCCCCGGUCCCCGACCCCCGGCCCGGAGGAGAGCCUGCGCUGGGCUGGGCUGCGCUCUCCGCCGCCAUGGAUAGCGACGACGAGAUGGUGGAGGAGGCGGUGGAAGGGCAUCUGGAUGAUGAUGGGCUACCACAUGGCCUCUGCACCGUCACCUACUCCUCCACAGACAGAUUCGAGGGACACUUUGUCCAUGGAGAAAAGAAUGGACGGGGAAAGUUUUUCUUCUUUGAUGGAAGCACACUGGAAGGAUAUUAUGUGGAUGACGCCUUGCAGGGGCAGGGAGUAUACACCUAUGAGGAUGGUGGAGUACUCAAAGGCACCUAUGCAGAUGGAGAGCUGAACGGACCGGCCCAAGAGUAUGACUCAGACGGGAGACUGAUCUUCAAGGGACAAUACAAAGAUAACAUCCGGCAUGGAAUUUGCUGGAUAUAUUACCCAGAUGGAGGUACUCUAGUGGGUGAAGUUAAUGAAGAAGGGGAAAUGACUGGAGACAAAAUAGCCUAUGUGUAUCCUGAUGAAAGGACCACAAUUUAUGGGAAAUUCAUAGAUGGAGAGUUAAUAGAAGGAAAAUUGGCUAACAUGUCAAUUGAGGAAGGAAAGCCCUACUUUGAACUGGUGCCGGGAAGUUCUGUCUAUCAUUUUGAUAAGUCAACUCCAUCCUGCAUUUCUACAAAUCCCCUUCUUCCUGAUCCUUAUGAGUCAGAGAGGGUUUAUGUUGCUGAAUCACACAUUCCCAAUGCUGGAGAAGGACUGUUUUCUAAAGUAGCAGUGGGACCCAAUACAGUUAUAUCAUUUUAUAAUGGAAUCCGAAUUACACAUCAAGAAGUGGAUGACAGAGACUGGGACCUUAAUGGAAACACACUCUCUCUUGAUGAUGAAACAGUCAUCGAUGUGCCUGAGCCCUACAACCACACAUCCAAGUACUGUGCCUCGCUGGGACACAAGGCUAAUCACUCCUUUACUCCUAACUGCAUCUAUGACAUGUUUGCACAUCCACGUUUUGGGCCCAUCAAAUGCAUCCGCACCAAACAAGCAGUGGAGAGAGAUGAGGAGCUCACUGUCGCCUAUGGAUAUGAUCACAAUCCUCCUGGAAAGAGCAUGCCCGAAGCCCCAGAGUGGUACCAGAUGGAACUGAAGGUCUUCCAGGCUGCCCAGGAGAAGUGAAACACAAACUCGGCUCUUUGGUUCAUUGACCUGGAGUAGAAAUUUGGAUCUAUGCACUACGUUUAUACUGAAAAUUGGAUAACCAGGGACUGCUCAUGCUGUUACAUCAUCAUCAUAUCCUCUCACUGUGUGUUAGCAAUGAGUUUCUUGCAUACUAACUAGUUUUGACUUUAUUACUCAUGCUAGGUUUAAAAUUAGCUAGCGUUACAACACCUGAUUGGGAGGUAUUAUUUAAUAUUUUGCCUAAGACAGCGUGAUGUCCUUUGGGUAUUUAGAAUCUAAGUCUGCACCAUAUUCAGAGAUGCCAAAUGAUUUGACUGAAAAAAGGGAAAUGGGGUCUUUUAAUCUUUAUUUUUGUUGUUAGUGGUUUUCCAUGACGCUAUUUCUAUGGCCAAUGUCAAUGGUGUGAUUACACUUUUGCAUACACGCCACAGUAGAGAUUAGAAGAUUAUUACACUUGGAUAAUCUCUAAACAUAGCAUAAUUUGCCUUUUAACCUUUGAUCUGUAUCUUUGCAAUAGAAUGACUUUGUUUUCCCUAGUGUAUAGAAGAAGCCUUGUUUGUUUGGGUUGUUUUUUUUUGUUUUUUUUUUUUUGAGUCAUUUCCCCCUUUCUUAGAAAUCUCCUGCAAGGGAAAAACCUUUCUAAUGGAUUUUGUGUGAGUGGCUGUGUAUAGAUCUCUAUGGCGCUCUCUUUCUAUAUCUAUCUAUCUAUCUAUCUCAUUGUUUCCUUGUUACAUCCUGAUAUAAAUAACUGGUUCUAGGAGCCAGUGUAUCUUAUAGAAUUAAUAUCCUUGCAUGAAAUUGAAGAGCUCUUUGCUUUAAGACAGAAAAAGGAAUGGAUAGGACUUCUUUGCAUCAAACUGUGGAAGAUUUGCAAUAUAUAUAUUCAGAAGAAAGAGGGAGGAGGAAUUAACUCCUAGAGAGGCAGCAAUCUGGAGCCAUGAUAGUGCUGGAAAUCUUUCCCCCUUCAUGGGCCACGGUAUAACUUAGAUUUACAUAACAUGGGACAUUUAAAUAGCAUUCUUGUGUGGGGCAUAAUAUAUUGAAUGCCAUGUUCAAAAAGCAACCCUAAGUUCCCAUGUUAAAUGCAAAAAGAGUUAGGGACUUGCUCUUUAAUGAAAAUAAUUAUGGCACAAACAUUGAUCUCUAGCAUCAGAUUGGAAUCUUAAGGCAAAAGCUCUUCACCAUUGUGUUUGCAAAUUACUUACUGUUUCAAUGCAUCGUACAAGUUGUGAAUCAAAAAUAAUACAUUAUAAUCAAAGCAAGUAGCAUUUCAGCCACUCUGCAAGCCAUAUAUACUCAAAAAAAAAAAUUGCAGAAACAAACAAACAAAAAAAAACACCUCUGUGUAAGGUAGCUAUUUAGGUCUAUACUUUGACUUGGAUUGCUCUGAAUGGAUUUAUAGGUUUGGGGGAUUUUGGUUUGUUUUUCAGCUGCUUAAACACAGCUAAAGCAUAGCAAUAUCUGCUUCAGACUGCUUGGGCCUUGCCAGCAUUUCUUUUGACAUAGGUCUCUAGGGCAGCGGUGCUUCUAUUUGCAAAGUGUCACUGGUGGAAACCGACACCCAGUAAGCCUCUCAUUUAGAUAGAUAAAAAUUUCUGAGUUGUAUCAGAGAGGGAGAUAUUUGUUGAUUGGAAGAUAGCAGGAGAUGUGGUGAAUAAAAAAGUGAAAUCAGCAUUUGCUGUUUCAAAUCCACAUCUUAGGUCACGCGUUACUGCAGACACUACUACAUAUCUUGGGAUCUUUGGCUCAGUUCUCUUCCGGCCCCAGAGCUUGUCUGGUUCAGGUUCUGCCAUCAAGGCUGGUGCAGAGACAGUCUCUCCCCUCCCCGCCAUCUGUGCCGCCAGGCUCCCCAGGGUGCUCCCUCUGAGCCAGGGCUGUGAACACAAGACCCUGUGGUUCCAGAGCUCAGUGUGAUCCAGGCGGUUCUAUUUUGCUAAUAGAUGGUGGGCAUUCCACUAUCCGGUACUGAUGGAGAGAGUGGAUUUGAUGCUUAUGCAUUGGGGAGAGUUGGCGAUGGUAAAUGAAUCCUCCUCUGCACUGCCAUAGAUCAGCCAGGAAGAUCAAGAAUUGAGUAAGCUGCUUAUCUUUCUGAUCAACAAACAUCCAGGAGGAGGGUGAGAAUGACCACCACUCUGGGGAAAGCCCCCAUUCCAUAAACUGUGAUAGAGGGAACAGUGUUUCUUGGACUUACACACUGGUUGUCCUCAUGGUGCUUAGGUUUUUAUACAAGUGAAUGUUUUUGAAGGUGAGUGAUCUUUUUUUUUUUCUGGGCAGUUAGCAAAAGAAAAAUGGAGUUAGUUAUCCCAGUCAUUUGAAUCACAGAAUUAUGAACAAUCUAGGUCAAGGCAAAGGAAGCUGUAGCCAGGGAGGAUAGCUCUAACCGUUGAUUUGAUGAUUGCAUUCCUCAGGAUGACAUUGCCUUGGUUGUUGCUACUGCAAGUGAUAAUUUCUCUUCCCGUGGAUUGCUCUGGUUAAGCCAUUCAGAAUGGAGCCUCUAAAACAUAAAGGAUUAGAGUAAGUGAUGAGCUGUAAAAAAAAAAAAUGUGUAGUAUAGUAGAAAGGAGAUAGGAUCUUGAGUCAGGGGACGUGGGUUCAAAUCCUGGUCUUGCUAUUUACUUUUUGCAUUGCUCUCAGGAAGGUAUUUUAUUUUUCUGAGCCUCAGUUUCCUCAUCUAUUAAAUUAAGGGAUUUGAAUUAGUUGAUCUCUGUAAGGUCCCUUCCAUCUCUACAUCUGAUAGGUGACAUCACUCCAAAGUUAAUUGUUCAAUUGUUGUGAUCUGAUGCUCACCUAAAAACUAAUUAUCUCCUUCUCUCUGUCCCUUUCUCCCUACCUCUGUCUCUGUCUUCCAGGAGAAUUUAAGAGAGAUAGAGUUGUAGGUUUGGAAAGAUGUCAUUAUAGAUGAAAACCAAAAGGCAAAGUGACUUAUUGAAAGCCACAGAGCUCAAGGUUUCUGCCUCUGUUCCUCAUGUAUUUUGUACUACAUGCACAGCCUCUCUUGCCCACUGUCUCUUCCUUUCGCUCUUCUCUCCUUCUUUAUCCUCUCUCUUUUUUUGCAUUAUAUCACACAUGUAUACAUGUACAAAGCUGGGACAGAGCAUCCAGAUGCUCUUGGUGGUAUUUGAAAAUUCUAUGUUCCCCCUGGGUUUUCCUGUCUAGCAAAGGGACAGAAAAAUUUCCUUCACUGAAAUACUACAACUUGAUUUUCCCAAAAAAUAAAAACCUACAUGCUGUGGAGAGUAGAACUUUAUGGCAUUAAAAGUCUGUACAUCUGUAAAAUAUGAUCUCUCCCAAAUCUCUAAUUGCAACUCUUAUAUUUCUACAUCCUGAGUGACCACCUAACUUGCCUACCCCUAGUCCCAUCGCUGUGUGUGUGCAUGUAAUACAUGUCCAUCAAUUUCCCUCUGUUUCCUUUGUGUGUUUCCUUCCCUUUUUCUCUAUCCCUUAUUGUCUCUUCCAUUAAACUGCCCUUACUGGUUACUAUUUUAUAUUCCUUGUUUGUCCAGUUUAAGGGCAGGUGAGUCAAUCGAUGCUUUUUGUUGCUUUGGAGAGGCUGCAUGUGAAAGGAUUUUUUGUGACCCUUUAUGGGUGAGGAGAAAGAGAGAGAGGAAGAUAUCCCCAGCCCUCACCUAGGUUUAUGUGAAAAAUAUCCAUCUAAAUCACUAUUUACUGCCUGAGCAAGCCCCUUCCUGGAAUACGCUGAAAGAUCAUGAGUCUAGUUUCUGAUAGCUCUUGGGGAGCAAAGUUUUGAUGGUGCCAUAUAGAAUAUAAUGGGUUCCUGACCUUUGUGUUGGCCAGACUCUGUCACUGAGACUUCUCAAUGGCUUUGUUCAUUUUGCUGCUAUAAAGGCAUUUGGUGCUGAUUGCUGGCAAAAAUGGAAUGGCAACCUAAAGAUUAGUCUGUCUAUACUAACUCUUCACCCUAUUAUUGCCUUCAGUGUUGCAAUAAAUGGGAGCCUCUUGCUUCAUUUUUCUGAUCUGUUCCUUCUACCCCAGCACCCUGUCUUUCUUACGGGAUUCAGUUUAGAAGCUGGAACUCACUGAAGAAGAAUAAGUUUUCACAACGGUUGAGUAAUGAGCAUAGAAGGUCUUAAGUUUUAAGCAAUGGUUUUUGAGAUUUUUGUUAAGUCUUCUUUGGAGGCAAGAAAUUCUACAAACAAGGAUUCUCCCUGGUUCCCUGUCUUUAAAUCUAAUUUUUAUAUUCUUUUGGGGCUCUUUAGUCCAAGAAACUUGGGCUUUUAAAGUCAUUAUUAGACUUGGAGACUAGGCAUCUGCAAACAUAGAUUUUUGCCCAAAAUCUGUAUUGAAUUUCAUGCUUUCUGUAUGUAGAUGAAGAAGUUGAGGGUGUAGAAGUUCCCAGGAAAGAAUGAAUGUUCUAGGUCUAGAUUCUUCCUUUAGUUAGCUCAUCUCCAUGUAUACCCUCACUGAAACUGGAUGUGGUGGGGGUUGUGGAGGAGAACAAAGGAAGAACUCGGUGUUUUUUGGUACCAGAGGUAUAAUAAAGGGAAGAACCUUGGAAUGUGUGAAGAGUGACAUGGAAGAGAGUGGAUGAGGAAGGAGGCUAGGUCAGGUUCCUUCCCCAGUGUCAUCAAUGCAAGGAUUUCAAAGAUUUAAAGAUGGAGAGCCCAAAGGGACAUCUUUGUCUCAUUGACAAAAACAAAUUGAGAUCUUGUGUGUAUCAGUUCUGGACUAGCCCCACGGAGCUUUUAUCACAUGGGUCUCAGCCGGAUUCUUUUGCAUGCUUCUCUCUUUUCUCAGCAUCUUCUCAAACCUUGGUGAAGCCGUAGCUUCGGUUAGCAUUCAGUCAGAAUUACUCCAUAGAAACAUAUCCCUAAAUGGCAUCUGAGUUGGCUACGUUGAGAAAGAAGAGCUAUAUUCAUAGAAAGAUCCCAGAUGAAAGGAACAGAUUAAGACCCGAGUUUUUUGUUUUAUUUUGUGUUGUUGGGGGAGGGUGGGGUUUGUAUGUUUGUUUGCUUGCUCCCUGACUUGCUUUACCCUGGUCUACCUAAGAAACUUAAGAAGAAAAUCCAUUUUUAAAAGUCCCUCUAGGAAUCAAUUCAGGACCAGACACAUGUUCCGAAAUGCCUGAAAUGUGGAAAAACUCUUAUCUUUAUAAUGUUAAUAACCUGAAAAUACCUCCAAGGCUAAUUUCAUUAUAAUUGUUCAGGUUGUUACAUAUGGUAACAGUAAAAUUUCAUAUAUAGAAAUCUGUAUCUUCACAUCUAUAUAUGUAUAAUAUUUUUAAAAAGAAAGAUUGUAUAGCCUGGUGGAUAGAGAUACAGCUAUGCAGUCAGGAAAACCUGGGUUCAAAUACUGCUCAGUAUUCCUGACUCCAAGAUCAUAUCUCAACACACAAGGCUAUGCUGUAUGAUCUUACCAAGUCUUUUACCUCUCUGAACCUCAGACAACUCUUUGAGUUGUUGAUCUUUUUGCAUGGGUGGAGGAAAUUAGCACACUGGGUGUAUCCUAUCCUUAUGAUCCACACCAACAAAAGAUUUAAAACUCCCCUGGGAGAAGUAUAUUGAAAAUAUUCAGGUAGAAAGGGUAGACAUCUGUUUUUAGAAAGCCAGAUAUUCACCCAAGAUUCAAUCUGAAAAGUAGGGAUGAUUUCAAUCCCUUUUUUUUUUUUUUUUUGGCGUUUCUUUUUCUACAGUAAAUGAUUCAAAAAUAAAUAAGCCAGCUAAUCCACCAACAGAAAGCUGGUGUCGCAGGAUCUAUUAAUUGUAUAUUUACCUUCCACAGAUCAAAGGUGUGCACUUUUUAAAAGAUUUCUAUUUGAAGCUUCCCAGUAAGAUUUUCUUGCUUCUCCCCGUUAUCAUUUUGAAUCUCCUGUUUUGUUUUUUUGUUUUGAUUUUAGAAAAAAAUUUAAAUUUUAAUGCACAUUUUAUUUUGCCUAGUGUAAGGAUACACACUAAAAGCAAUUAAAAUAUUAAAGCCAUACAUCAACAGGUGUGGGGAAACACUUUCCACAAAUUUUAAUGCAUUUGUAUGUAAAUAGAUGUUUGUAUGAGAUAUUUUCAUGGUAGAAUGAAUAUAUUUAAAUGAAAUUGAUUUAUUCCAGUGCUAUUUAAAAAAAAAAAGACAAAGUUUUAUGAGGAUCUUCUGAGUGCAUUAGCAAAGAAUACAGAACAAUUUUAUAAACAUCAGGAGCCUAAAAAAUAUUCUAAAUAGCAGCGAGUGACUUCUCCUCAGUUGUUACAUGUGCUAUUGAAGAAGUUAAUAGGCUCCAUUUUCCCCAGUGCCUGAGUCCCCUCUGGGUAGUAAAUCAGGGUCUGACGGAGUUACAGUCACUCUUCAGUCACUAAAGGGUCCUAAAACUCAAUCAGAGCCAUUAGUGUAAAUGGUGUGAUUACCCAGUGUGGCAGCAUCUUCUUAAAGCAGCAUCACUGGAAUCCACAAGUGGGUGUGGGCAGCCUGGAGAUGCGUUUUCCAGCUGCUAUUAACCUUCAGCCCUACUGACAGGCACAGACCCCGCUAGGUUGCUCUUAGUGAAGAUCAGGUUAAGCCUCAUUCUCAGGGUGGGGAGAUCCCCAAAGUUCUGUCGAUAGCUCCUGCAUACAGAUCUUCGCCCUCCAGAAGGAGGGACAGAAGAAAGAGUAGGGAGCAUCAACCAGCAUUUUACAGAGUGGCGAAUUACCUAAUCUCAGAUCUGGAGAGAAUGCAUUUUCCUGAACUCCUACCUUACUACCAGAGGAGAGACACCUUUUCAGACAGGAGGAGAAUCUCGCCCCUUCUGUAUGGAACAUUAUGCACUCACAGCUGUUUGAAGUCAUUUUAAUAUUAAGACCAAUCGCAUAUCUAGGACAUACCUCUCAGCUAUCCCUCAAAAAUGAGACAGUAAGAUUUUGUUACCAUGGAUUAUCAAGACUUGAGUUUUCUUAAUGGUGCCUCUUAGAUAAAAUAAAAUGAAGAAUUUUGUUAUGAUUAAUUUUCGGUGUAUGUGCACACAUCCCAAUGUGGAUUUAGGUGGUUCAAUUUUUUGCUACUAUAAUUUUGAUCUAAUAUGAGAAAACUCCUAAGCACAGAGCCAUAACUAGAGUAGAGUGGCUGAGACUUUGAUCCAGGGCAACAAAAUUCGAGUGUGGCACUUAAUUAAUAAGAUUUAUCUGGGUUAGAAGAGGAUGGUAAUAAUAGACAGCAUCUUUUCCUCCAACACUAACCAAUAUAUCCCAAUGAAUCCCCUCCAUCAUGGCCUCUUUUGCCUUCAGGGUUUCAGUGUCUUAGGGAGGGGAGAGUUUCCCAUCAUGGGGCAUUAUCUUGAGAUCUCUGCCCCUCAACUGAGUAUAACUGAAAAAAACAAACUGAUUUGAGGGUAUGUUUUAUGCAGCUUGCCACUGGCACAAAAAUUCCUAGUUAUGGCCCUAAACUUGGACAAACUAUUUAAUGAUUUUUCUCUACUUUUUCAUUUAAUCCUAAAUUGUCACUUAGUGGAUUGUGAGGUAUGUUUAAGGGUUGAAAGAUUGGGGUGAGUUUGCAGAAGACACCGCAGCAAAACAGAAACCCCACCCCACUGUACAUUGCAAACAUUCUCGAUUGGUCUCUUACAGCAUUUGAACAAAAUUGAUAAGCCUUAUCCAACAUUCGUAGAGUUGUGAUUUUUAAAACUAUGGGAAACUAAUGAAAGAUGUUUACAUGAAUGAUGUUUGCCCUUACUGAGUUUUGAAUGAGUUUUUAUAGUGUGUCUGGGUGCAUGUAUAAGGAAGUAGGAAAAAUGUUUCUGAAAUAAAACUUGACAAAUAUUUGUAAUGAGAAGUGAAUUUUAAAUAUUGCUAUAAUUGCGCUAUAGAAGCAAUGCAAGUAUUAAACAAACAAAAACAAUACAAA